GGGACUAACUCUGUCAGGGAUUAUAGAACGUACAAUAGUGUAGAGCUCGACUCCGACCAACGCAUUCUAACUGUGACUUUAAAGUAAGUCUUGGAACUACAAAAGGUAAACCUGUAAGUCGCUAAUAGUACAAUUGGAAGAGAAUCGCGAAUUCUGUGCUGACAUCAGCAUUUCUGCUAAAGCUAUCGAACAGCUUUUCCUCCACCCCAAAUGAUGAGCUAAUCAUCAUCAGGUCCAGUCAGUUUUAAAGUAUAACAAGAAGCACUGCAGAGGAGGUAGUUGCCAAGUGGGUUUCAAAUGGCUUACCAUACAUGGUCUCCAAAGAAACAGAAGACUUGCGAGAAGCUCGAAAUGACACCAAAAGCAAGUACCUGCUCUUUAACACAGCAGCCUCCAGGAAGAGAUUGAAGGAUCUGAACGGGUCAAAAAGAGGGACAAGAGUGACCCAAUUAGUCACCAAGAACUUCUCAAUGAAUGGAAGAAGUACCGUAGCACUCUUCUGAACAACACCACCGCUAUUGAUACUGCUAGACCACCGCCAGAUGAAUCGGUUCUCCCAAUCAACACAGCCUAA